AUGGAGCUGCUGACCCUGGAGACUUCAGGGAAGAUGGGGGAUGAUCUUCCACCCCUCAUGUCCCUGAUGGGCUGUGGGGUGGAGUGGCUGAAGAACGAGGAGCCCAUCGAUUCCAACCUGGACGAGAACAUCGACACCAGGGCCGACCACAACCUCAUCAUCCGCCAGGCGCGCCUGUCCGACUCGGGCAACUACACCUGCAUGGCUGCCAACAUCGUGGCCAAGAGGAGGAGCCUGUCAGCCACCGUGGUGGUCUAUGUGAACGGGGGCUGGUCCUCGUGGACGGAGUGGUCCAGCUGCAACGCGCGCUGCGGCCGGGGCUGGCAGAAACGCUCACGCACCUGCACCAACCCCGCGCCCCUCAACGGGGGAGCCUUCUGCGAGGGCAUGUCCGUGCAGAAAAUCACCUGCACCUCCCUCUGCCCCGUGGACGGCAGCUGGGAGGUGUGGAGCGAGUGGUCAGUGUGCAGCCCCGAGUGCGAGCACCUGCGGGUGCGGGAAUGCGCCGCGCCAGCCCCGCGCAACGGCGGCAAACACUGCGAGGGCCUGAGCCAGGAGUCCGAGAACUGCACCGAGGGGCUCUGCAUCCAAGAUAAAAAACCUCUUCAUGAAAUAAAAUCCCAAAAUGUGGAGCGCAGUGGGGCCAUCGCGCUGUACUCGGGGCUGGCGGCGGCGGUGCUGGCGGUGGCCGUGCUGGCGCUGGGGGUGACCCUGUACCGGCGCAGUCAGAGUGAGUACGGCGUGGAUGUCAUUGAUUCCUCUGCACUCACGGGAGGCUUCCAGACUUUUAAUUUUAAAACAGUCAGACAAGGUAACUCCCUGCUCCUGAACUCGUCCCUGCAGCCCGAGCUGACGGUCAGCAGGACCUACAGCGGCCCCAUCUGCCUGCAGGACCCCCUGGACAAGGAGCUGAUGACGGAGUCGUCCCUGUUCAACCCCCUGGCCGACAUCAAGGUCAAGGUGCAGAGCUCCUUCAUGGUGUCCCUGGGCGUCACCGACAGGGCCGAGUACCACGGCAAGGCCCACCCCGGGACCUUCCCCCACGGCAACCCCAGGCCCUUCGGGACAAUGCAGGCCAGGAACAAGGCCAUGUUCAUCCAGAACCUGGCCUCCAUCUCCAGCAGCAGCGAGCUGAGGAGCUCGGCCCUGUUCGGGCACCUGGGGGGCCGCCUGGUGAUCCCAAACACAGGGGUCAGCCUGUUGAUCCCACACGGAGCUAUUCCAGAGGAGAGUUCCUGGGAAAUCUACCUGGCCAUCACCCAGAAGGAGUCCAGCCUGGAGCCGGAGGGCCCCGAGGUGCUGCUGGGGCCCGAGGUGAGCUGCGGGCCCCCCGAGCUGGCUGUGAGCACCCCGUGUGCCCUGAGCAUCCCACACUGCGCCCACGCCGACCCCCAGCACUGGAGCAUCCACCUCAAACGCAGGACGCAGCAGGGGAAGUGGGAGGAAGUGAUGUCUGUGGAAGAGGAAACUACUUCUUGCUACUGCCUGUUGGAUCCUUAUGCCUGUCACAUUCUCUUAAACAGCUUUGGAACUUAUGCCCUAAUUGGGGAACCCAUCUCUGACUGCGCCGUUCGACAGCUGAAAGUCGCCGUUUUUGGCUGCCUGUCUUGCAAUUCUCUGGAUUACAAUCUGAGGGUUUAUUGUGUGGAUAACACCCCUUGUGCAUUCCAGGAAGUGGUUUCGGAUGAAAGACUCCAAGGGGGGCAAUUGCUGGAGGAACCCAAACUUUUGCAUUUUAAAGGCAACACCUGCAGCCUGCAGAUCUCAGUGCUGGACGUCCCUCCCUUCCUGUGGAGAAUCAAACCCUUCACUGCCUGUCAGGAGGUGCCGUUCUCCCGCGUGUGGCGCGGCAGCCCCCGGCCCCUGCUCGGCGCCUUCUCCCUGGAGCGCUUCAGCCCCGCCACCAGCCAGCUGUGCUGCACCGUGUGCGUCCGGCAGCUGCAGGGCCACGAGCAGCUCCUGCACGUCCAGACCUCCGUCCUCGAGGCCGAGAGAGAAAACAUCACCUUCUUUGGGCACGAGGACAGCGCCUUCCCUGCCCAGCUGGGCCCCAAGGCGUUCAAGAUCCCGCGCUCCAUCCGGCAGCGCAUCUGCGCCACCUUCGACACGCCCGGCGCCAAGGGCAAGGACUGGCAGCUGCUGGCCCAGAAGAACAGCAUCAGCAGGAAUCUCUCCUUCUUCGCUGCCCAGAGCAGCCCCUCCGCCGUCAUCCUGGACCUGUGGGAGGCGCGGCACCAGCACGACGGGGACCUGGACUCGCUGGCCUGUGCCCUGGAGGAGAUUGGAAGGACACACUCCAAGCUCUCAGACGUGGCAGAGCCCGAGCUGGAGGAGCCCGAGUUCCCCGGCAGCAGGAACGGGCUCUAGUCCCCCUGCCCCGCCAGGACGUGUGGCCAGCUAACCCCGAGCCUGGGCCAGGGGACUGCAGGGGUCGUGCCCGUGGGGAUGGAACUCACCCCACGCCAGUGGCACUGGGAGGAGCAGAAGCAGCCCUGCUAAAAACCCUCCGGCCAUGAGGAAAUCAAGCUUCUCCCUGUCCUCCUCCACUUAAAAUCCACCUUUUGGUGCCCCAAACAAAGCUGCACUUGUGCCAGUCCCGGGGCAGGAGGGAGAGAGACACAGAGCCAUAAGAGGUAAAUGUUGUUGUGUGUUUAGGAACAGUCAUGUUCAUGUAAUGCCUAGUGAAAAUCAACAAAUAAUGUUGGAUAUUCCGAGCCACCGGAGGUUAGUCCUGGUUAAAAGGUUUCUCACUUCGAGAGUGGUUUAAAAUCCCAUCACGUUGUCACUUUAUGUCUGCUGCAGGAAAAAACUGAAAAUUUGGCCUUAUCCUGUUCAGAUGUUUGAGGAAUUAGAAGAUCUCAUCAUUAUUUCAUAUCAUGUGUAUUCCAAAUAAUUUGUUGUAAAAAUUCAGCCCCUUAAUGAAUGUACAUUUGCUGCAGAGCUUUGCUGCCUGCUCUGUCACCAAAAUUCCAGAACAAACCCCUUCUCUCUGAGACUGGGGGGAGUGCACACGCAA